AUGGGUGUCCCCGCGCUUUUCCGAUGGCUAUCGAACAAGUAUCCGAAGAUCAUUUCACCGGUGAUCGAGGAGUUGCCGCAAGAAGUUAACGGUGAACAAAUCCCGGUUGAUACGACGCGCCCCAACCCCAAUGGAGAGGAGAUGGAUAACCUUUACUUGGAUAUGAAUGGAAUCGUCCAUCCAUGUACCCAUCCCGAGGGUCGCCCACCGCCAGCCAACGAGCAAGAGAUGAUGCUGGAGAUUUUUAAGUACACUGAUCGCGUGGUCAACAUGGUUCGCCCACGGAAACUUCUGAUGAUCGCUAUCGAUGGUGUUGCCCCAAGAGCAAAGAUGAACCAGCAACGUUCCCGUCGAUUCCGAUCCGCGCAAGAAGCUAGAGAAAAUGAUGAGAAGAAGGAAGAACUUCAGAAACUUAUUGCCAAGCAGCAAGCCGCAAAGGGCGCCGAUGCAGUUAUGCAAGAGGAAGUGAUCCAGAAGACAUGGGACAGUAACGUCAUCACUCCUGGAACACCUUUCAUGGACAUCCUUUCUGCUUCCUUACGCUACUGGAUAGCCUACAAGCUCAAUACGGAUCCUGCGUGGGAGAAGUUAAAGAUUAUCAUCUCUGAUGCCACCGUUCCUGGUGAGGGUGAACACAAGAUCAUGGAGUUUGUGCGGUCCCAACGAGCAUCUCCAGAGCAUGACCCCAACACUCGCCAUGUCAUUUAUGGUUUAGACGCUGAUUUGAUCAUGCUUGGUCUUGGCACCCAUGAACCUCACUUUCGCGUUUUGCGUGAAGACGUUUUUUUCCAGGAAUCUAAGCCUCGAGCGUGUAGGUUAUGUGGACAGACCGGACACAAGGCCGAAGAGUGUACUGGCAAGGCGAAGGAAAAGACUGGAGAGUUUGAUGAGAAGCAAAAUGCCUCUCCACUCAAGCCCUUCAUAUGGCUUCAUGUCUCAGUUCUGCGUGAAUAUCUCGCUGCUGAGCUUCAUGUCCCUAACCAGCCAUUUCCAUUCGAUCUCGAAAGAGCGUUGGAUGACUGGGUCUUCAUGUGCUUCUUUGUCGGAAACGAUUUCCUGCCCCACCUACCUGCUCUAGAUGUCCGUGAGAAUGGAAUCGACACCCUACUUGCUGUUUGGCGUGACAAUCUUCCGGCUAUGGGGGGCGCAGAUGAUCCUGCAGGGUGUUGCCAAGCAAGAGGACGCAAUUUUUCGACGCCGCCGGCAGGCAGAGGAGAGGAGGAGGCAAAUAACAGAAGACGGAAAGAGCAAGAUCAGGCUCGUGGUGAACGCAACGAACGUGCCCAAAAGCGCAGACGCAGCUCUCCCAGCUACGAUAACAAGGCUCAUGGUAAUGAUGGGCCACCACCUGGACUGGAGCUUAUCACGCCUGGUCGUGGUCACUUGGCUAAAGAAACGAGAGAAUUGACCCACAGUAUGGUUACAAACCGUGGCAAUGUUUAUCGCGCCAAUAUGGAAAACAAGAGCGCCGCAGCUGUAUUGAAGAGUAAACUCAUGCAAGGCUCGCAGAGUAACUCUACUGCGGAUGCUUCAGAGGCAGAUAGUGUCGCUAUCAACGGCGAGGCUUCAAAUAAGGCAGCCGAGCCUACUUCACCUUCAGUUCUCGGUAAAAGAAAGGCUGACGAGGAAGAGGACGACCAACCGGAUGAGGAGGUCGGAACUCCUGGCAGAGACUCUCCUCCUCCGCCUGCCCCCAAGCCCCAAAACGAUGAGUCUCCUCCGGACACUGUGAAGCUAUGGGAGCCCGGAUAUGCCGAUCGAUACUAUGAGCAGAAAUUCGGUGUCGAUCCCAAUGACCAUGAGUUCCGUCACAAGGUUGCCCGGGCAUAUGCGGAAGGCCUGGCAUGGGUACUUCUGUACUAUUUCCAAGGGUGCCCUUCGUGGACAUGGUACUACCCAUACCACUAUGCGCCUUUCGCUGCGGACUUCGUGGACAUUGCUGAUAUGAAAAUUGAUUUCAAGAAGGGUCAGCCUUUCAAGCCAUAUGAGCAGUUGAUGGGCGUUUUGCCAGCAUCAUCGAACCACGCACUACCCUCUGUAUUCCAUGAUCUUAUGAGCAACCCGGAGAGUGAAAUCAUUGAUUUCUACCCCGAGGAUUUCCCUGUAGACUUGAACGGGAAGAAGUUCGCGUGGCAAGGCGUUGUCUUACUUCCAUUCAUUGACGAAAAACGCCUCCUGGGUGCCAUGGAGAAGAAUGAUGGGUUAGCUGGUAUUGUUCAGCGCAAUGAAACUCACAUCCCUCACGGGACUUUAGUUUCGAAUCUGGAGGAAUACGGCAUGCCCAGUCUCGACGAUGACCGCAGUCUCACUGUAAAUUACAAGAUUCCAAAAUCUACUCACCUUCACAAGUCUAUGCUCCUCCGCGGCGUCAAGUUCGCCACGCCAAUGUUAAACCAAGGUGAUGUCCGCGCCGUCCAAGGUCGCGCGCAGCAUUCAGGCCGCUCUUUCGGUGGAGCUCCCCUCAACGGUCGAGGACGCGGUGGCCGCAUGGAUUACAGCUCAUCGGAUCGGCCCAACCCCUUUGCAGCGCACCUUGAUCCCCGGUUCAUGCAACCCCCUUCUGGCUGGGUUCCUCCUGGUCAAGGAGCUGGGGAUUUCUCCCGAGGACCACCUCCGCCCCAACGUGGAGGAAUGUCGCACCAUAACCAAGGCUAUCCACAGUACCCUCAAAGCUACCAGCAGUUCCCUCAGGGCUAUCAAGGCCAGGGCGGAUAUGGUGGCAAUCAUCAAAACCAUGGGAAUUACGAUAAUAAUCGAGGGGGCCGAGGCUCUUAUCGUGGCAACAAGCCCCGCGGUCGCGGUGAUUAUUCCUCUAACUAUCGCGGAGGUAGUGGAGGCGGUAGUUACGGCCGCUAUUGA